AUGAAGAGUCUUCAAUGUUUCCUGUUCUCUGUCCUUCGACAAAAGGAGGAAGAAAAAGGAAAACUUAGAAGUAUUGAGAAUUUGAUUAAUCCCAGUAUCCCAAGCGUUGGUAGCCUGUGGAAUAAAAGGAGAACUCUACAGGUAGGUUCAUCCCAACAUCUACAGGAGUCUCUAAUUUUUCGCAUAGAUUCUGGAACAUAG